AAUCGUUCUUUGAAAAUGGUGUCUAAAAGUGUUAUUCUCAUAGCGUUUGCUUUGAUUUCGUGUGCUCUUGUCGAGGCGCAACCAUCAGCAUCUAGGGUUGUUGGUGGUAAGGAUGCAGAAAUCGGACAAUUCCCAUAUCAGGUGGUUCUCUACAAAGAUGGUUCAUUCACAUGUGGUGGCUCUAUUAUAAGCUCUCGAUACGUUUUGACAGCUGCUCAUUGUGUUGUUAUUGGAGAUGGAAUUGAAACUCUUCCGGGAAGAUAUUUCACUGUUCGUGUGGGUAGUAUCAACCGUAUGGCUGGUGGUAAAAUAGUGGGAGUCAAAAAAGUCACAGUUCGUCAGAGCUAUGGCGAAUUCUUGGAUGACGUUGCCCUGUUGGAAUUGGAAAAAGAACUUGUGUUCACUAAGAAUAUUCAAAAAAUUGAUUUAUACGAUACUGAAGUACCCAAAGGUGCAGAAAUUGUUAUUUCUGGCUGGGGACGUCUAACAACUGGCGGAGAAACACCACUUCGGUUACAAUACAAUACUUUAACUAAAAUAGAUUCAUCAGAUUGCGAUGAAGCCAUCGGCUUUGGAAAGGAACAAAUUAUUUGUCUGGCCCAUAAAAAGAAUAAUGGAGCUUGUAAUGGAGAUUCGGGAGGUCCAGCUAUGUACGAAGGCAAAUUGGUAGGAGUUGCUGGAUUUGUUGUUGACGGAUGUGGAAGUACAUACCCUGAUGGAUAUGCCAAAGUAAGCUAUCACCGUGAUUGGAUAUUGGAACACAUAAAUUAAGUAAAAUUCCAAUUUUAUAACCGCAUUUUAAAGUGAUUUAAUUAUUAAAAAAUAAUUAUGUACAAAGGCUA